AUGGGGGAGGCCUCCAGCGAUCCUCAGCUCCAUGUGGCGCGCUUGGCCGUGCAUCUGAGCAGCGACCUCGCGCAACGCAUGGAGGACGUGCAGCAGGCACUGAAGCCGAUCCAGGGCUUGGUGGCCGAUGGGAAAGGUGCCGAGGCCAUGCCGCUCGCGGUGCAGACGCUCUCGGUGGUGGCCAAGCGGCGGGUGGAAGCCACGCUUCGCUUCCACCCAGUCAUCCCCCUGACGGCGGCCUGCAUCGGCAAAGAUGCCGCCGGGCGCUGCGCGUGGAUUGCUCGGGAGUCGCUUCAGCAGUGCCUUCGAGAUGGCAACGCCAUUGGCCAGGCCUAUGCGCAACUUUUGGCCGGCUACGCCUACAUCGAACUCACGGACAGUGGGAAGGCCUUGAAAGCGGCCACGGCGAGUGAAGAGAUCUUCAAGGCGCAGAAGAACAAGCCCGGAGAGGCUGCGGCCUUGUGCUGUCAAAGCUGCGUCCGGCUGUUAAGGGUCAUGGCUGGAACUUCACCCCAGUUGACUCUGGUCGAGGAAAAGGACGAAAAGCUGAAAGAGCUCAAGAAACGGCACGAGAUCGAAGCGAAGGCUGGCGUCUCCUCAGCACGUGCGGCCUGCAGUAUCUACAGCGACAUUGAUGAUCGCAUGUCCGAGGCGAGCUGCCUAACUCUUGUCGGAGAGCUCAUGCUGGCCAAAGAUGAUGUGGAUGAGGCCAAGACUGCGGCGCGGGAAGCGCGCGACAUCUUCCAGGAUCUGGAAGAUCCCUACGGCGAGGCUCGGGCACUCAACUUGAUUUUGAGCGCCAACAUGCUCCAUGAGGCCGAUGCGGUGGAUGCCCUCUUUGCGGCGAAGGACGUGCUGUGGCUCUUCCGGGGGAACGACAUUCUGCCGGAGGAGGAGGACAAAAAGGCUAUUGCAGAUGCUCUUCAUUGUCAAGCCAAGGUCCACUUCUCCAUCGGCGAGUUGGCCGAUGCGAGGGAAGUGGCCGAGGAAUCCUUGAAGUACUAUGCGCAGGCCCAGAUGACGCCCAAGGAGGCGGCUUAUGGUCAGGGCUACGCGCUGCAAACCUUAGCACAUAUCCUGUGCGCAGAGCUCUCCCCUGAUGAGGGCUUGCCCCACAGCGAACGCGCGGUGGAGCUCUUCGCCACCGCGCAAGACCAGCGCGGGGAGGCGAUGGCCAAAGCGAUCCUGGCGUACCAGGACACCAUGUCGCGCAUGAAGCAGCUGGAAGAUACCCCACAGGCGUUCACUGAGCAAUCGAACGCUCGCGUGACGCAGAACUGGACCGUCAUUGAUGACGCCAUGGUGAUGAUGCGCGAGAUCCGGAACCAAGAAGGUGAAGACACCAUUGGCUCCUUGAUCUACGAGAUGAAUCAGAAAGUCGGGGAGAUCCAGAAGAAGAUGUCCACGCCCACGAAGACGGUGUGGACCGUGGACCGCGUCACCCGCAAGGCGAAGCAAAAGGACUACUACGAGCCCAUGGAUCCGGCGGAUCCCGUGGAUCCGGCGGAGCCUGGCAGCGAGCUGGCGACGGCGGACGACGGCGCGGAGUGA